AUGCCGCUGCUCACCGGCGUCGGCCCCACCUGCCGAUCGCUGCCGGCCGCCGACGACCAUCGCCGCCGCUGGCGACCACCGCCGGUCGUCGCUGCUGGUGACCAUCGCCCCCCGCCGCAGCCAGCGACCACCGCCGGUUGCCGCCUGCCGAUCGCCACCACCGUCGGCGACCACCGCCGGUUGUCGCCUGCCGAUCGCCGCCGUCGUCGGCGACCACUGACUGCCGCUGCCGUCAACAACCACCGCCAGUCGUCGCCUGCCGACCGCUGUCGCCGGCGACCACCAUCGGCGACCGUCGCUAGUUGUCGGUGGCGGCUGUCGGCGGAGAAGGCCAACGACGACGAUCGUUGGUUGCCGUAA